GAGAUCCAAAUGAAUAGGAUAUAAUUAUCGAUGGAUAAUCUUCACCCUUGACAGCAGAGCUGUCAGUGCUUCUCACCCUCCACUUCUCCAUCUCUCUUUGCGACCCCUAUCAGCUUAACCUGCUCCCCUAGAAAGAAACCCUCCUCCAGGGUCACGGUUUUGGCUUCUGUUCUUUAUUCUGUUACCAGAUUCAGUUCUUUCCAUUCUUUAUUCCAUCGCGAUUGUUUUUAUUUGCAUCCAGGAUUUAAAUCGAUGAUGGAUAGAAGAAAGAGAGGGAGGCCUGACUUCAAAACUAAUGGCUUUGGUGGAUUGAAGAAAUCUAAGCAAGAAAUGGACCCCUUAUCAACUGUUGUAGGAAGCAAAUUGAAGCCAUGCACCAAGUUUUUCAGCACUGCUGGCUGUCCAUUUGGUGAGAGCUGCCACUUUCUCCACCAUGUUCCUGGUGGCUACAAUGCUGUGGCCCAGAUGAUGAAUCUGGGACCUACUGUCACCCCACCAUCCAGAAGUAUGGCGGCCCCACUGCCAGUCCCUAAUGGCUUUGCUUCGUCUGCUGUUAAAGGCCGGCUAUGUAACAAAUACAGUAGUGCUGAAGGUUGCAAAUUUGGUGAUAAAAGUCAUUUUGCGCAUGGUGAGUGGGAACUUGGCAGGGAUUUUGCUCCAUCCCACAACAAUCCACGUGCUGCUGGAGGUGUUCCAGGACAUUUGGGUGGUCGUGUGCUGCUUUGUGGUUAUCAUGUGCAGUUGAUAGUUAGAAGAAUAAGAUUGUAGUUGAGCAUUUGAAUCUUUUUUAAUUGAAUAAUAGUUGGAGGCUUUACUUGUAUUCAGCUGCUAGAUGUACUUUUGGACUUUUAAGCAGUAUCAUUUAUUUGCGGAUUGACUUGCUGAACCUUUUUUUUUUUUUUUGGUUAUGCUUUGGAUCGCUGCACCUGGCUGUCCAUCCGAUGAGAGCUGCCACUUUCUCCACCAUGUUCCUGGUGGCUACAAUGCUGUGACCCAGAUGAUGAAUCUGGGACCUACUGUCAACCAACAAUCCAUAAGUAUGGCGGCCCCACUGCCAGUCCCUCAUGGCUCUACUUCGUCUGCUAUUAAAGGCCGGCUUGUCCAUGCCGUCCAUAGUUCCAUGUUCCAUGUUCCGAGUAGAUAAUAGUAGCUUUGCCUAAUUUGCUGGAAACCCUUGAAUUUUAAACUUCUGUAUUCUAUUAUAAUACUUUAAUAAUUUCUAUUGCGAAGUACGAUCCUAUGUUUCAGAAGCCAAAGCCUUUUUAGAAU